AUGGACACAAUGGACGAAAUCAGAGUCGAUUUUCUGCCUUCUGAUAGCAUUUACUUCAUUGUGGGAAUCAUUAACAAGAAGCUCGAUGUGAAUCAGUUCCAAAAUGUCCAUUCUUGCCGCAGUGGGCUAUCAGAUUCUUGUCUAGGAUUGUUGAAACGGGGCAUCCAGUUAAUGAUCAUUUCUGGAGUGUCCAUUUCCUUCAAAAAUGGGGUACUAGAAAGCUGGAGGGCUUUAGCAUUCAUAGGACUAGUUCCCUGUGCAGUGACCAUUUUCGGUCUCUUUUUCAUUCCCGAGUCUCCAAGAUGUUAUAUUGUUCUUGAUCUUGAUGGUACUGGAAACAAAAGGGAAAACCCUGAAACAAAUCCAAGGAGACAUUAA